AGAAGUUCAUAUCACAACAUGGCGGACGAAAAUCUCAAGGGGGAUUCCACAGAAAAUUCGACGGGAUCUGAGAAUCCUGACAAUCAAGAGUACUACGAAUGCGUUAGAAAACUCUUGAGGCCUGUGGAAAAUAGAUGGCAGUACAUUCAGAGUGUUCUUUUGUGGCAAAAACCAUCGCACUCGUUGAGCUAUUUCAUUGCGAUGACAAUUCUUGUCGGGAUCAUGGCAAGUGGGAAAUUCCGUCUGGUACUACUGCUUAUAAUAUUAAUGGCGUCAUCACUUUUGAUGGAAGAUAUCAGAUGUAAGGUGUGGCAAUGUGUACAAGGUAGAUUUGAUGCUCUUACUGAUGAAGACAGUCGUCAAAUCACGCUAUCUUUCCCUCGUCUUUGUGAAAGACUCGCUGCGAUUUGGAGUUGCUUCGCUGCUUGGCGUGAAAAAUUGAACAAAUUAAAGGCUGAAAGCACAUACAAGUACUAUGCCGUUCUUUUUGGACUUUUAUUGGUAGUGGUGUUUGCUUACCAGUACUUGCCCCUGCUGCCAAUAUUUUAUAUGCAAGCUUGUGCACUGUACUUUUGGCCCAUCAUUAAGUACAAUGGAAUACACAUAAUAAUAAAAAAGGCAGUGGAGCCAUUUUACCGACCAUUUGUAGUCCAAUGGCAAAAUACCAGGACAAAGCGAACAAGGGAUGCUGUAACAACAGGAACUAAAGGAGAAAUGCCAGCUGACAGUGACGAUGAGUUUGCGAAGGAUUUCAGUCCUGUUGCUGAUGAUAGAGUGGUCAAUGAAGAUAAAUUUGUCCCUUCACAAGAUGAAGAUUUCAGGGAAUCAGAACCUUCUUCCUCAGCACCACCUGUGGAGGUUAAACUCCUAGAAGAAUUUAUUUCAUCAGCUGUAACUCAAGGCCUGAGUUCUAUUACAAGCAGAAAAGACAGCCUGGAAACACAAGAAAUUUCUGCACAAGAUACUCCAGAAUCUGAAGUUGGAAGCCAAAGCUUAAACAGCUCUACUGUGUUUGUUGAUAAUCUACAAUUUUCAUCAAUAAGUCAGUUUGGGGAUACUUUAGAGUUGGAGGAAGGUGAGUUAAUGAGGGGACUAGAAUUUCCAGACAUUGAAAGAGACUCAGAAUCCGACACUGAGGCUGUUCAACCAGCUGGGAAAUCACAGGUGGACAGUGAGCCAACACAUUCAAAACAAAUGGAUGAGGCAAAGGAGUCUAAAGAACAAGUUAACCAACAGAUAUCAGAAACACUUGAGAGCACCAUGAAAGAGAGUAUAUCUUCAGAUGUGUCGGAUUAUGAGAUGUUGGACCCAUCAGAAGCUGAAGGCAUGAUUCCAACUGAUCAAACAGACAGUGGCAAUUCCAGUCGACUGGGAUCUGCGACUGACUAUGUUGGAAAGUGGUUGGGGUAUUGAUAUGAUGUGUCAUUUCAAAAUAUUCUGUACUUGAAAGAUUUUUUGGGGCUGUGUAAUUUUUAAAUUCUGUCAAGUUAAUAUGCAUUUUAUGCUUCCUAUGGAGUCUACAGCUGUUUGAUCUUUUUGUCAGUUGUGAAACAGAUUAAACAAAGUUGAGAGCAUGGGCAACUUCCUUUGUGCAUGAAAAUCUCAAUGGCAAUAUGACUCAUCUUACCAGAUUAUACUUUCAGAAUUUGGGCUCGGCUGUCUCCAUUGCUUGUGGGGUGCUGUAGCUGGAAAUAGCCAAUUUUUGCCAUAUGGCAUUCAUGUUUAUAAGUUGUAUGAUGAAUUUUCUUUUCUUGUAAGAUUUUUCUAGAAAACUUUUUUCUACACCUGAGAGCUCAGAAAAGCACAAUCUCUCAUGGGAAUGUAAUGGUUAAAAAGCUACAAUACCUUGUCUUUGCAGUUUUUAUUAGGAAAUGAAGAUACCUGUAGAAAUGCUAUGCAAAUAUUUAGCCCUUGUCGUAGUUUUUAGAAAAAUCUUAAUUUAAAGUUUUUGGAGUUUGGAGUGUACUGCAUAUUUUUUUCCAUUUGAGAAUUGAGCUUACCAAAAUUUAGGUGUGACAGGCUUGUGAAUCAGCCCAUGUUUGAGAGAAGUGCCUUUGCAGUCCACCAGAGACUGGAGUGAAGAGGAACUUGAGAGGGUGAUGAAGUUAAGCCUACUGAAAUGACAAAAUAAUAGCAUAUUCGACAUGAAAUUUGAUAGACAGUCAGUUAAGUUUUAUUCAAUUAUUAGUGAUUGCAAAUGCUUCUUAGUAUUAAUUUCUAUUGGGGUAAUCAAUGGCAAGUUUGGAAAUUUGAGUGAUCCAAUAGCCUUUGGUGCCACUUUGUUUGGUUUAGAACAGAAAUUGCUUAGGCUGUAUUUGUUGUGAAGGUCUUUUCUUUAAAGAAAGCAAGACUUAAAAGGAUGGCUUUCUAGAAACUAUAGCUCUAACAGGUAUUAUUUAUUCAAUAUACCAGCCAUCAUGCAUAGUGUAACACUUGGUCUGGAACCAAUUGGGUGUUGUUCAAUUUUAGGGGAUAAAAGGAAGUUUCCUUGUUUUGCUUGUAAAUUAAAUUAAUUUUAUCACUUGUGUAGUCAUAAUAAGGAAUGAGGUUUUUAUUAAUAUAAUGUUCUAUAAAUAUGCGUGUGAGAUAAUAAAUGGCAGUAUCAGCUUAUUAGAUAGUGACACAAUAAAAGCUGGUCUUUGAA